UUGAGGAUGGCCGGAGCCGAGGACUCUUCUGGGCGGCAGUCAGAACUGGAACCUGUGGUAUCGUUGGUCGACGUGCUCGAGGAGGACGAGGAGCUGGAGAAUGAGGCGUGCGCUGUGCUGGGCGGCAGCGACUCCGAGAAGUGUUCCUAUUCGCAGGGCUCAGUAAAGAGACAAGCACUGUAUGCCUGUAGUACCUGCACGCCCCAAGGAGAAGAACCCGCAGGCAUUUGCCUCGCCUGCAGUUAUGAAUGCCACGGAAGUCAUAAACUCUUCGAGCUCUACACAAAAAGGAAUUUUCGUUGUGAUUGUGGAAACAGCAAGUUUAAAAAUCUGGAAUGCAAAUUAUUUCCUGAUAAAGCAAAGGUAAAUUCAGGCAAUAAGUACAAUGACAACUUUUUCGGCUUGUACUGUGUUUGCAAGAGACCUUAUCCUGACCCAGAAGACGAGGUCCCGGAUGAGAUGAUCCAGUGCGUAAUCUGUGAAGACUGGUUCCACGGACGGCAUCUUGGUGUCACCCCCCCUGAGAGUGGGGGCUUCCAGGAGAUGGUGUGCCAGGCGUGUAUGAAGCGUUGUUCUUUCCUGUGGGCUUAUGCUGAGCAGCUGGCAGUAACCAAAGUAUCUACCGAGGAUGAUGGAUCGGUGCUGAAUGUGGAUGGAAAAGGUGACCUGGAAGUUAUCCAAGCAGAAAAUGGAGAUCAUCAAAAUAAUGUCCUCAAAGCAGAUGUCCCGGAAAGUGGAAAAGAUGCUGUUACGGAUGUCAAAGCAGAGCAGACCAGUGAACCGGGGACCAGCUCCCGUUCUGAGUCUGAUCUCCAGAAGGCAUUUAAGAAUCAGAGUCUCAACGCAGAAUCCCAGUUUGGCUGCAGACUUCAGCUACUUAAAACGAAACCGCCUGUAACGAAGAACACUGCCACCUACUGGCCGCUGAACUGGCGCCGUAGGUUGUGUACCUGCAAAGACUGUUUGAAAAUGUAUGGAGAUCUCGAUGUUCAGUUCCUGACAGAUGAAUAUGACACUGUUUUGGCUUAUGAAAACAAAGGCAAGACUGACCAGGCCACCGAUAGGCGAGACCCUUUAAUGGAGACCCUGAACAGCAUGAAUCGAGUCCAGCAAGUGGAACUGAUCUGUGAGUACAAUGACUUGAAGACUGAACUGAAAGACUAUCUCAAGAGAUUUGCUGAUGAAGGCACGGUUGUUAAGAGAGAGGACAUUCAGCAGUUCUUUGAAGAGUUUCAGUCAAAAAAGAGAAGAAGAGUGGACGGGAUGCAGUAUUACUGUAGCUAG